AUGCCCUUACAGGAUUACUUAUAUUUCUAUCAUCUGACAGAAUUUCAGCCAUUAAUCAGUUUGAUCUGCAUCUUUCCAGGUCGGAGGCAUGGAGUUGGCCAGCUGAAGUUUCAAGAUGGAACCUGCUUCUCUGGCCAGUUUGAAAAUGGACUCUUUCAUGGCUCUGGUGUACUGCUCUUUACAGAUGGAUCCAGGUAUGAAGGAGAAUUUGCACAUGGAAAGUUUCAAGGCACGGGAGUCUUUAGUCGAUGCGAUGGCAUGAAGUUUGAAGGAGAAUUUAAAGAUGGACGUGUUGAGGGAUAUGGGCUAUUGACCUUCCCAGACGGAGCUCAUGGUGUCCCACGAAACGAGGGCUUGUUUCAGAACCACAAGCUGCAGAAGAGGGAGAAGUGUCCAGGAGUGGUGCAGCGUGCACAGGCCUCAGCCUCUAAUGCUCGCAUUCUGACACUUUGACCUUCAUGGACCCUGGAGGACACACGGUCAGGGUUCCAGCACCUUCUAGGAGGAUCUCAAGGAUGCAGUGCACUCCAGCUCUUCUCUCUGUGUCCUCUCUUUUUUCAUCAUUUAUGGGGUUUUUUCUGCAUCCUCCUUGCUUAGCCUUCACAGUGGCUUGGAAUGCACAUGCAAUUUGACCAAAUAAUGGCUUUCUUUCUGACUGACUUGACAUUUACAACACCAUUAAGCACACCUUUAACUCCACAAUUCAUGCACACACCAAAUGCUGCUGUUUUUCUCCUUGUACUUAUUCUUGCACCCAUAAACAGUGUCUUAGUGUUUUCUCUAGAAUAGUUAGCUACGAUAUAAAACAACUUGUUCUACAAUUGUAGAUCUGAUACUUUAAAAACGUUUUUUUUUCUCCUGCAUUUGGAGUAGUUAAAAAGGUACUCUGUAUGUUAAAGACUUUAGCUACUAAUUAGACCAAUUAAUCUUUUUAAAAGUGCAUUAACCAUUACAAGAGAGUUAUAAUGUCCUAUGUGGAGACUUGGCCUCUGGUACUGCAAGCAAGCACAAAUGGAUCUAAACAAUGCACAGUUUUAAAAAAGAAAAUCAAUUGACUUUACACAUUUUGUUAAAAUUAAAGAUAUACACAUUGUACAUUUUUGUGAAUGUACUCCACAGGGCACCUCGUCUCCAUUAACAGUGCUGCUUCAAACUCUAGCUUUGCAUGUAUGUAUCAUCGCUGGUGCAUCUCCUUUUAGAAUAUCAGUAUUCACAUUUGCCUUAAACACAUUCUGGUACGAGAUUGUAGUUCCUGGAUGUCCAUCUGAAAAUACGAUGACUCACAGUUCCCUUCCCUUCUCCUCUGCAUCAUUCGCCCUAGGUGUCUGUCAUCUUAAUGAAUUUGAGGCCUGUUUAAAGAUUGCCUUCACUCUGAGGGACAUAUUGUUAAGCUGGUACUGAGUCUUCGCUACCAUUACUCACAAGUCUAGCAGCUCUCCUCUCUACAAUAAACCUCCUCUCCCAGUGGAAAUCAUGGGACUCUGCUGGUUACUUCUCUCAUGUUUUCCCCUGUAUUAACUAAAGACUUGGAUGACUGGACAUCCUCAAGGUUGUUAAAUAAUCCUAAUUAAAUGCAUUGAAUUGGGGACAUUUAUUUUAAUUAAGGCAGCUGAAUGAAAUCAUUUCUAAACCAGAUGUAUAUAUUAGAAUAUGUAAUUAUGUAUGUGUUUUUCUGUGUGGCGUAUACAUAUUCAUUGUUAUCAGUUGAGUUUUUUCUGACCUUAAGGAACUAGGUGUUUCUUUUGUCACGUAGGAAACAAAUGAAACACCUAGUUAGCUGAGUUAGCUGAGACCGUGUGGUUGAGUAUUUUGAAAAAAUGUAUAAACCAUUAUAGCCAAUCACAGCUAUUGUGUGAUUACAGAUUCAUUCCGUGUUUGGUCACAGCAAAAGCUUCUACAUUUGCCUACAUAGACAUUUAACCAAAGACAAUCAAAUGGUAUUACAGGUAACGAAGCCUGGAACAGCAAACAGGAGUUACAUGUGUGUUGUCUCACUGCUUAGCGAUAGAAACAAAUCAAUAAGGACAAACCCACUUGGGGCUUUAGUGCGCAUUAAAAACAAAAGGACCGAAGAUUAAACAGGAAAUUUUUAUGAGAUUCUGUUUCUAGCCUGGAUUAUUGCUGAUUUCGAUUGUUGUUUUAUUCUGUGAGGAAAAAAAAUCAAUACUCUGUGUCAUGAACCCACACUGCUAGUUGCUUUCAAUCCCUUCUUCGGUAUGACAGUGUGCUGCAAGGUGCAAUCAGAAGUAUUGAAGAUAACAUUAGACAUAGAAACCAUUGCAUGCCUCAGUACCGUCCUCUACGAUCACACAAUGAUGUUUUAAUGCCUGUAUGUGCAAAGUGUGUAAUAUCCUGUAUUUCAGAUCAUGUUAUGGUAUUUUUCCUUUCUUCUAUUUCGGCGAUGGCGCUAACUCAAGCCUUCUCUACCUACACAUGUCUGCCUGAGUGGAAUUGAACUAACACAAAUCCACAUUUUCCAACUGGAAACAAAUGGUGCUUGAAAAGGAUGCCUUUUCCAGACUUUCAUCUUUCUAUGAAAUAUCAUUGCUGUGGUUACUUUUUUCAAUAACAAUAUACAUUUGUUCUUAGUGCUCUUAGAUCAAACUACUGCACAGUAUCCCCUCAUUCUCCUUGGAUAGGUCUGAAUAUGUAUUGGAAAGGCGAUAAUGUGUUUAAUAAAGCCUUGUGGUGAGAAAAGAAGCAUGUGUUUCAUUGGGCUUGCUUGUAGACAGUAACAUGAUAGAGUUGUUCAAUUAAAGAUGACUAUUUAGCUAUUUCUGAUGUUUUAACACCAAUGGCUAGAUUUGCAGUAGGGUAUAUGCAGCUGUAGAUAAGGAACGUCAUUUCAUGGUUAAACAGGUUUCUCUGGUUUUUGGCUGCCACACAGCACAAAGCAGAAGCAUCCAGUUCUCCCAUCCCCCUUCUAAUUCUACACCCUCAGCAACAGCUCAACAGCACACGGUUUGUAUCUCUCACAUGGCAUUUCAAACAACACAAGUGAAGCUGUUAUACU